UUCAGGAGAGGAGAGUGUUUGGAGAAGAGAGGCAGAAUCCACCUUCAGUAGAGCCACGGGUUUUGUUCUUUUAAAUAAAAAAAACCCUCCCAAGUGUUUAGGUAGCAGUCAGGGUACUAACUUUUUGAGCCUGGGCUUUUUUUUUUCUAUUUUCUGCCAUUUUCAUCUAAACUUAUUCAGUAAUUAAGACUCGUCUCGGAAACUGCUGAGUGCGCUCACUUGGUGCUUUGGGUGAACAGGUGGCGCAAGCUCCGGUUCCCUUAAUUUGUUAUUACGCAGACAACGGAGUUAAGAUACUUUACCGGACGUUAAGCAUUUAAUACCUGCAUUAAAAGUGGGUGAGAUUCAGAUCGCGUAUUGUCCUCCCUUGUUAAAAGGAGACACUUGACAAGGGAGCUGCGAUGCCCGUUGCAGCCACCGACAUGGCAGUAGACAACAGCCACGGGUUAAAUGAGGGUAAAACCCCAGAUGGUGCCGGGAAUGAGAGUAUCCUUCCAGUCUCCCUAAACAGUAAUUUAGCGGAGAUCCUCAAGAAAUUCUACCACACCAAACGGGUCGGACACUAUCUGAUCGGGAGGAAGCUGGGAGAAGGCUCGUUCGCCAAAGUUAGAGAAGGUCUCCAUGCGCCAACAGGAGAAAAGGUGGCAGUGAAGGUGAUAGACAAGCGGAAGGCCAAGAAGGACUCGUAUGUUACCAAGAACCUGCGGAGAGAGGGUGACAUCCAACAGAUGAUCCGGCACCCCAACAUCACUCAGCUGCUGGACAUCUUGGAGACAGAGAACAGCUACUACCUGGUGAUGGAGCUGUGUCCCGGUGGGAACCUCAUGAACCGCAUCUACGACAAGAAACACAUGGAUGAGCGGGAGACACAGAAAUACAUCCGGCAGCUGGUGCUGGCUGUGGAGCACCUGCACAGGGCUGGCGUGGUGCACAGGGACCUGAAGAUAGAAAACCUCCUACUGGAUGAGCAAGACAACAUAAAACUCAUAGAUUUUGGCCUUAGUAACUGCGCUGGCAUCUUGGGAUACUCCGACCCCUUCAGCACCCAGUGUGGAAGUCCAGCUUAUGCCGCCCCAGAGCUCCUUUCUAGGAAGAAGUAUGGACCAAAAGUGGAUGUCUGGUCCAUUGGUGUUAACAUGUACGCGAUGCUAACGGGGACGCUCCCCUUCACCGUGGAGCCCUUCAGCCUUCGAGCCCUGCACCAGAAGAUGGUGGACAAGGAGAUGAAUCCUCUACCUCCCUCACUAUCUACUGCCGCCACCUGUCUUCUGAAGAAGCUUCUAGAGCCAGACCCCAGCAAGCGUCCGAACAUCCACCAGGUAAUGGCUGACUCCUGGCUUCAGCUGGCCAACAGGAACACUGGGGCACCGUACUGCAACAGGAUCCAUAUUGAAGAAAUCAACCACACUGUGGUGGUACAUAUGACGGAGAACAUGGGCUACAAGCACAGCGAAGUCCUGAGCGCUGUCCUCACCAAUCGCGCCUGCCACACUUUGGCUGUCUACUGCCUCCUCAACAAGAAAAUGAAGAGACUCUCCAAAGAAUGCAGAGAGAUACAGUACCAAGAGAAAAAAGGAAAAGAGCAGAGACCGGAAUACUUCCAAACCCAGUGGAGGAAGCAUUUUGAUAAGAUCACCAUCCCCCCAAAACAGACACCCAUCUAUCUGGCUAUCAGCAAGGGGUCCAGCAAGGAGAAGAAGCACAGAACAGGUUUACUCCGUGCUAUAACUGGUGGCCAUCGUAAUUCCCCUUUGGCUCCACCUGGCACAGUUGCUUCCUCUUCCAUGGAAUAUCUAGAGAUCCAUCCUCUCUUCCCCAACACCCCACAGCAUCGGAGACGCUUGGCCACCCUUCCGCAAGUCAACACGAGCCCAGAACACAACAUUCCCGCUCCUCCUGCACCAUCACCGAUUGGCAUGCAUUCCUUCGGCUCGCUCUCCAAAGCCGAACAAAUCGAGGAUGCCCCUUCUUCGCCCUGGUACAAGCUGACUAACGGGACUCUGUCCCCUCCCCGCCAUGUCUCCGCCUUCCAGCCCGACUCCUCUUACUUGAAAAAAGCCACAAUCCCCAGUCCACCUGUCCUCAUUGUCAACCCGCAGCCCAAAAAGAGCACCUCGACAGAUUGGUGUGGCUCUUCUGACACUAGUGGUAGCCCCCCCAGCACUAUAGGAAGUCCCCCAGGGAGCUCAGCUUUUAGCCCUCCAAAGUCUGCCUUCAGUCCCCUCAAUCCUACCUCAGCUUUUAGUCCUCCUUCCAACAGCGGUAGCAGUGAUCCCGAGAGCCCAACACAUCGCAGCAAAUUCCCCUCUAUGGGAAUCGGACAGAUCCUAAAGAAGAAGGUCCAGCUGCAGCCAUUUACAUUUAGGCCAGAACAAGUCGUUGAAGAAGUCGUGUCACCACCUCCCUACCCCAUGCAGACUCUCCUCUGCGCUUCAGGUGCACUAAAGACCCUCUGCUGAGUUACAAGAUUAAAUAAGGAAGAAAAAAAAAGAGAGAGACUGAACUCGAGACCUCUUCCAUCAUUUGAAGUUGGAGAGGUCUUCCAGAGCGGCCUUUUGAACUGUCCCUUUAUUGCGACUUGAGCCACUUUUCAUGACAGGCUUAUUUAAGAGAAAAAAAAAAGGUGGAGAGAAAACAAAAUGUAUUACCUCUUGUUACCAUACUUAUUAUGUAAUGUGAGAAGUGACACCGAGGAGAUAAGAUUUGAACGGAUCCAUGAGCAAUGACUAAAUCUCUCUGUGUCCUAAAUACAGAGUGGACAUGGGACAUCAUGUAAUAUGAGCUUUGCCAAUAACAAACGUGUACACACACACACACACACUGUAUUAUAGACCAAGUUAGAGAUACUCUCUUAUGUAACAUUGGUGUAACUGGUUACUAAUUGAGCCGCAAACUGAUUCACACCAGCUAACAGACCCCAACUUUUACCCUAACCCUGAUUACAUGUAUAAAUGUUUUGUCUCUGUGAAAACUCUGUAUGAUAGCCACUGACCUCCAGUCAGCUGGCACUAUAUCCUAUGCUGACUGGAUGAAGAAGCUCACUGCACUAUUCUUGAAAACCAAAACGUAUAGUAAGAACGGUGUUUACCAUCUUUUACCUCACUGCAUUAUUCAUACAUUAAUGUAGAACAGCAGUCAGUUGUGACAUGCUUGUGUGAAUCGUGUCACAGUGUAGCAGUGCGCAAGUGUUGCCAUUAGAAUCAACACACUAAAAUAGCCGUAGGUUCCAAGAGUAGAAGUGUAUUCUUACUUUUUUAUAAGCAUCCUCAUAAACCUUCACUCAGCACUGAUAACUUUUUAUACACGAGCGUUGCAUCACCUCUAAGACCCACAGGGAAUCUAUAAGUCUUGACUUUCUCACAGCAGGAUAUUCCUGUUCCUAGUCAGUUUGUAAUAAAAAAAAAAAAAUAAAAAAAAAUAGAGCAUCAAAAGCCUUAUGAAACGGAUCAACCUCACUACAGGUUGAGUGUAUGAAAGUGGAAGGAACUGCAACUAGGAUCAUCCGUGGAAAUAAUUCACUUCCUUUUUGUCUUAAUGCUGUAGUUUGUGCAAUAGUCUUAAGUGUUCACUGCAAUGAUGAGUAUUUGCCAAGAGCUCUGAGAAAUGUGAAAACUGUUCUUGUAAAUAACAGUGCAACUCCUGUGUUCCUGUUGCUUAGGCCGUUCUAUAUGAACAAAAGUCGAAAAUGUCUGUCUGAGCCGACACUGUCACAAAUUCGUUGACUGUACAAAAAAAAAAAAAAAAGGCUUCCAUGGGCACACGAGGCUUCUCACUG